AUGGGAUCCGGCUGCGAUUUGCUGCUGAGGGCAGCAGCUACCGUCACUGCCGCCAUCAUGUCAGACACCGACAGCGAGGAAGAUUCAGCUGGAGGCGGCCCAUUUUCUUUAGCGGGUAUCCUUUUCGGCAACAUCAAUGGAGCGGGGCAGCUGGAGGGGGAAAGCGUCUUGGAUGAUGAGUGUAAGAAGCACUUGGCAGGCUUGGGGGCUUUGGGGCUGGGCAGCCUGAUCACUGAACUCACGGCAAAUGAAGAAUUGACCCGGACUGGCGGUGCCUUGGUAAAUGAUGAAGGGUGGAUUAGGAGUACAGAAGAUGCUGUGGACUAUUCAGACAUCAAUGAGGUGGCAGAAGAUGAAAGCCGAAGACACCAGCAGACGAUGGGGAGCUUGCAGCCGCUUUGCCACUCAGAUUAUGAUGAAGAUGACUAUGAUGCUGAUUGUGAAGACAUUGAUUGCAAGUUGAUGCCUCCUCCACCUCCACCCCCGGGACCAAUGAAGAAGGGUAAGGACCAAGAUGCUAUUACCUGUGUGUCUGAAAAUAGAGAAGGCAUCAUCUUGCCCUCCAUCAUUGCCCCUUCCUUUCUGGCCUCAGAGAAAGUGGACUUCAGUAGUUACUCUGAUUCAGAAUCUGAGAUGGGACCUCAGGAAGCAACACAGGCAGAAUCUGAGGAUGGAAAGCUGACCCUUCCAUUGGCUGGGAUUAUGCAGCAUGAUGCCACCAAGCCGUUGCCAAGUGUCACAGAACUUUUUCCAGAAUUUCGACCUGGAAAGGUGUUACGCUUCCUACAUCUUUUUGGACCAGGGAAGAAUGUCCCUUCUGUUUGGCGGAGUGCUCGGAGAAAGAGGAAGAAGCGUCGUGAGCUGAUACAGGAAGAGCAGAUCCAGAAGCUGGAAUGCUUGGUAGAAUCAGAAGUCAGCCAGAAGUCUUUGUGGAACUAUGACUACGCUCCACCACCACCUCCAGAGCAGUGUCUCUCUGAUGAUGAAAUCAAGAUGAUGGUUUCUGCGAAGUCCAAAUUUUCCCAAUCAACUGGAGAUGUAGAUAAAGUGACAGAUACCAAACCAAGAGUGGCUGAGUGGCGUUAUGGGCCUGCCCGACUGUGGUAUGAUAUGCUGGGUGUCUCCGAAGAUGGCAGUGGGUUUGACUAUGGCUUCAAACUGAGAAAGACACAACAUGAACCUGUGAUAAAAUCUAGAAUGACAGAGGAAUUUAGGAAACUUGAAGAAAGCAAUGGCACUGAUCUUCUGGCUGACGAAAACUUCCUGAUGGUGACCCAGCUGCAUUGGGAGGAUUCUAUCAUCUGGGAUGGGGAGGAUGUCAAACACAAAGGGACAAAACCUCAGCAUGCAAGCCUGGCAGGCUGGCUUCCUUCUAGCAUGACUAGGAAUGCAAUGGCUUACAAUGUUCAGCAAGGUUUUGCAGCCACUCUGGAUGAUGACAAACCUUGGUACUCCAUUUUUCCCAUUGACAGUGAGGAUCUGGUGUAUGGACGCUGGGAGGACAACAUCAUUUGGGAUGCUCAGGCCAUGCCCCGGCUGUUGGAACCUCCUGUUUUGGCACUUGAUCCCAAUGAUGAGAACCUCAUUUUGGAAAUUCCUGAUGAGAAGAAAGAGGCUACCUCUAACUCCCCCUCCAAGGAGAGUAAGAAGGAACCAUCUCUGAAGAAGAGUCGAAUUCUCUUGGGCAAAACAGGUGUCAUCAGGGAGGAACCACAGCAGAACAUGUCUCAGCCAGAAGUGAAAGAUCCAUGGAAUCUCUCCAAUGAUGAGUAUUAUUUCCCCAACCAACAGGGUCUUCGAGGCACCUUUGGAGGGAAUAUUAUCCAGCAUUCGAUUCCUGCUGUGGAAUUAUGGCAGCCCUUCUUUCCCACCCACAUGGGGCCCAUCAAAAUCCGGCAGUUCCAUCGGCCACCUCUGAAAAAGUACUCAUUUGGUGCACUCUCUCAGCCAGGUCCCCAUUCAGUCAAACCUUUGCUAAAGCACAUUAAAAAAAAGGCCAAGAUGAGAGAACAAGAGAGGCAAGCCUCAGGUGGUGGAGACUUAUUUUUUAUGCGCACACCUCAGGAUCUCACAGGCAAAGAUGGAGAUCUUAUUCUUGCAGAAUAUAGUGAGGAAAAUGCACCCUUAAUGAUGCAGAUUGGCAUGGCAACCAAGAUAAAUAACUAUUACAAACGGAAACCUGGAAAAGAUCCUGGAGCACCAGAUUGUAAAUAUGGGGAAACUGUUUACUGCCAUACAUCUCCUUUCUUGGGCUCUCUCCAUCCUGGCCAGUUACUGCAGGCAUUUGAGAACAACCUUUUUCGUGCUCCAAUUUAUCUUCAUAAGAUGCCAGAAACUGAUUUCCUGAUCAUUCGGACAAGACAGGGUUACUAUAUUCGGGAAUUAGUGGAUAUUUUUGUGGUUGGCCAGCAGUGUCCCUUGUUUGAAGUUCCUGGGCCUAACUCCAGAAGGGCCAAUAUGCAUAUUCGAGACUUUCUACAGGUUUUCAUUUACCGCCUUUUCUGGAAGAGUAAAGAUCGGCCACGGAGGAUACGAAUGGAAGAUAUAAAAAAAGCCUUUCCUUCCCAUUCAGAAAGCAGCAUCCGGAAGAGGCUAAAGCUCUGCGCUGACUUCAAACGCACAGGGAUGGAUUCAAACUGGUGGGUGCUUAAGUCUGAUUUUCGUUUACCAACUGAAGAAGAGAUCAGAGCUAAGGUGUCACCAGAGCAGUGCUGUGCUUAUUAUAGCAUGAUAGCUGCAGAGCAACGACUGAAGGAUGCUGGCUAUGGUAAGAAAUCCUUUUUUGCCCCAGAAGAAGAAAAAGAGGAAGAUUUCCGGAUGAAGAUUGAUGAUGAAGUUCACACUGCUCCUUGGAACACCACAAGGGCCUUCAUUGCUGCCAUGAAGGGCAAGUGUCUCCUGGAGGUGACUGGGGUGGCAGAUCCCACAGGGUGUGGUGAAGGAUUCUCCUAUGUGAAGAUUCCAAAUAAACCAACACAGCAGAAGGAUGAUAAAGAGCCGCAGGCAGUGAAGAAGACAGUGACAGGAACAGAUGCAGACCUUCGUCGCCUUUCCCUGAAAAAUGCCAAGCAACUUCUACGUAAAUUUGGUGUGCCUGAGGAAGAGAUUAAAAAGUUGUCCCGCUGGGAAGUGAUUGAUGUGGUGCGCACAAUGUCAACAGAACAGGCUCGUUCUGGAGAGGGGCCUAUGAGUAAAUUUGCUCGUGGAUCAAGGUUUUCUGUGGCUGAGCAUCAAAAGCAUUACAAAGAGGAAUGUCAGCGCAUCUUUGACCUGCAGAACAAGGUUCUGUCAUCAACUGAAGUCUUAACAACUGACACAGACAGCAGCUCAGCUGAAGAUAGUGACAUUGAAGAAAUGAGAAAGAACAUUGAGAACAUGUUGCAGAACAAGAAAACCAGCUCUCAGCUGUCACGUGAAUGGGAGGAGCAGCAGCGGAAGGAACUACAGCGAAUGCUACUGGCAGCGGGUUCAGCAGCAUCAGGAAACAAUCACAGAGAUGAUAACACAGCUUCCAAGACUAGCCUUAACUCUUCUGCCACUGGACACUGUCUCAAGAUUUAUCGCACAUUUCGAGAUGAAGAGGGGAAAGAGUAUGUUCGCUGUGAGACAGUCCGAAAACCAGCUGUCAUUGAUGCCUAUGUGCACAUACGGACUACAAAAGAUGAGAAAUUCAUUCAAAAAUUUGCCCUUUUUGAUGAAAAACAUCGGGAAGAGAUGCGAAAAGAACGGCGGAGGAUUCAAGAGCAACUGAGGCGGCUUAAGCGGAACCAGGAAAAGGAGAAGCUUAAGGGUCCUCCUGAGAAGAAGCCCAAGAAAAUGAAGGAGCGUCCUCACCUAAAACUGAAAUGUGGGGCAUGUGGUGCCAUUGGACACAUGAGGACUAACAAAUUCUGCCCCCUCUAUUAUCAAACAAAUGUGCCACCUUCCAAACCUGUUGCCAUGACAGAAGAGCAGGAGGAGGAGUUGGAAAAGAGAGUCAUUCGUAAUGAUAAUGAAGAACUUAUCAAGGUUGAAGGGACCAAAAUUGUCUUGGGGAAACAGCUAAUUGAGAAUGCGGAUGAGGUUCGCAGAAAAUCUCUGGUUCUCAGGUUUCCUAAACAGCAGCUUCCUCCAAAGAAGAAACGGCGAAUUGAAACCACUGUUCACUGUGACUAUUUGAAUACACCUCAUAAGUCCAUCCACCGACGCCGCACAGACCCUAUGGUGACGCUAUCAUCCAUCUUGGAGUCUAUCAUCAAUGACAUGAGAGAUCUUCCAAAUACAUACCCUUUCCACACUCCAGUCAAUGCAAAGGUUGUAAAGGACUACUACAAAAUCAUCACUCGGCCAAUGGACCUACAAACACUCCGUGAAAAUGUGCGUAAGUGCCUCUACCCGUCUCGGGAAGAGUUCAGAGAGCAUCUGGAGCUAAUUGUGAAAAACAGUGCAACCUACAAUGGGCCAAAACACUCGUUGACUCAGAUCUCUCAAUCCAUGCUGGAUCUCUGUGAUGAAAAACUCAAAGAGAAAGAAGACAAAUUAGCUCGCUUAGAGAAAGCUAUCAACCCCUUGCUGGAUGAUGAUGACCAAGUGGCAUUUUCUUUCAUUCUGGACAACAUUGUCACCGAGAAAAUGAUGGCAGUUCCAGAUUCUUGGCCAUUUCAUCACCCAGUUAAUAAGAAGUUUGUUCCAGAUUAUUACAAAGUGAUUGUCAAUCCAGUGGAUUUAGAGACCAUACGUAAGAACAUCUCCAAGCACAAGUAUCAGAGUCGGAAGAGUUUUCUAGGUGAUGUAAACCUUAUUCUGGCCAACAGUGUUAAGUAUAAUGGACCUGAGAGUCAGUAUACUAAGACUGCUCAGGAGAUUGUGAACGUCUGUUACCAGACAAUGACUGAGUAUGAUGAGCAUUUGACUCAACUUGAGAAGGAUAUUUGUACAGCUAAAGAAGCAGCUUUGGAGGAAGCAGAAUUAGAAAGCCUGGACCCAAUGACCCCAGGGCCCUACACACCUCAGCUUCCUGACAUGUAUGAUACCAACAUAUCCCUCAGUACGUCUCGAGAUGCCUCUGUAUUUCAAGAUGAGAGCAAUAUGUCUGUCUUGGAUAGUCCCACUGCCACUCCAGAAAAGCAGAUGUGCCAGGGCCGAGGUAGGCUGGGUGAGGAAGACUCUGAUGUGGAUAUGGAAGGGUAUGAUGAUGAGGAGGAGGAUGGGAAACCUAAGCCUCCAGCUCCAGAAGGGGGAGAUGGUGAUCUUGCAGAUGAAGAGGAAGGAACUGUACAACAACCUGAAGCCACCAGUGUCCUGUAUGAGGAUUUGCUUAUGUCUGAAGGAGAAGAUGAUGAGGAAGAUGCUGGGAGUGAUGAAGAAGGAGACAAUCCUUUCUCUGCUAUCCAGCUGAGUGAAAGUGGAAGUGACUCUGAUGUGGGAUAUUGUGGAAUAAGACCCAAACAACCGAUGGGCAUGGAAAAUGAAGAAAGCAUGAUGGCCUAUGAGGGAGACGGUGGGGAGGCUUCCCAUGAUUUGGAGGAUAGCAACAUCAGUUAUGGGAGCUGUGAGGAGCCUGAUCCCAAGUUGAACACCCAAGACACAAUCUUCAGCAGCAUCGGAAAUUUCCAGCUGGGCGUGGUGGCUCACACCUGUCUCCUGUGUCACGGCCAGACAGCCGAGGACAUUUCCACAGAAAGGGCAUUUGCUGUGAGGCUCAGCUGCCCCACUGAUUAG